CUUUCAUUGAUAGAAUUAACGGUUAUUUCUGAUUUUUGUAUUGGAGAGUAGAAAUACGAUGCUGCAUAUAGAAUAUUGGUGGGAAAGCCAGAAGGAGAGACACGACUUUUCUUUAUUGGUUAUUCCGGAAUGGACUCGAUUUCAUACUAUACCACAUAUGAUCCGUGUUCCCUGUUUUGUGUGUGAAUAAGAGACCGUUAGGUGGGCAGAGGCGAUGGAGGAGAUAGCUUCGUGUUCGUGCGUGAAUUGAGAGAUGUACGUCAUACAGGAAGUUAAUGUGAAUGUGAAAUGAAUGUGGGAGUGGGAGAAAUAUUUGAGGUCGUCCGAUGGUGUAUGAGGUCAAUGUCAAAAUCGCCGUGGCAGAAUUUAUCUGAAGUGAACCUCAACAGUUAGCUACCGAAAGACGGAACUUUUUGUAUCCGUUAGGUGUUUGGAGCCAAAAAAAAAAUUGUUCGUUGAGAGUAUGUGGAGCCCAACACACGUUCAAGUGACAGUUCAGAGAGCAAGGGGCUUGUUGACGAAAGGAAAACAUGGAACCAAUGAUGCAUUUGUGACGAUUGCACUUGGCAAGGAGAAGUAUCAGACAUCAGUGAAGGAAAAGGCUGCUCAAGAUGUGGAAUGGCACGAAGAGUGUGAACUACAGAUCCCAAAACAAGGGAACAUGGCAGAGAUCGUACUCACAGUUCUUCACCGCAACUUUAUUGGUGUAGAUGAAUUUCUUGGUGUCAUCAACAUCCCCUUGGCUGAUUUUGAUGUAUACGAGCGACCUAGAAACAGGUGGUAUGACUUGAAAAGUAAACCUGGGAAGGAGAAAAGCAAACCAAGGGGGGAACUGGAGGUGCGGGUUGCAUUCUUGGUGAAAGCUGGAAGCUUGACAGAUCUGAGCAAGAAACCACAUCGGUCUUCCAUGGGACAUCUGUCACACAUGGCUCAGUCAGUGGGUGGCAGUUUGCUCAGUAUAGGCAGCCUGGAAAAACGGAAAAGCUUAAAGAAACUAGCCAAAAAUCUGGUGAGGAAAGGAAAGAAAAAUAACAAGGAAGUGACAAUGGAUUGCAACAAUGAUUUUCGAAGUUCCCGCCAGAUGUCAUCCCAGGUCGCAGGUGAUGCAGACCCUGGAGUUAUUAGUGAGGGAGAGAGUGAAGAUGAUUUUACUUUUGACGAUCUUUCACACAAAAGCUCUGGAAGUUCAAUCAACACAAAUCAGACAAAUACAGUCACCCCAGUUGUAGGAUCACUUGAAAAUCUAGCAGGUGGGGAGGUUCUACGUCGCACCUCCACAGCUCCUUUGCCAUCUCCAGCACCUCUAAAGUCAACAAUGAACAGAACUGUUGAUGAAUGGGAACAGAAACUGUAUGGAAAGCAAGGAAAGGACAGUAACAUAGACACAUUGAAACGUCGUUCAUGGGAUAAAUCAUUGCUGAGCAGCCAACCAGAAGAGGAGGAACCAGAGGCUGUUCCUGUCCCUAAGGAGCCUAGUCCACCACGUGCAGUAACACCCAGCCCAGUCACACAAGUUUUGCCACCCACUCCACCAGUGCCAUCACCCCAGAAACUUGAGUCUGGUGAACCAGAGAAGAAGGAAGAUGAAAAAGAAAAAGUGAAAGAAAGCUCCAGAUUGACAAGAAAAUUCAAGCAGUUGUACAAAGAGAAUAAGCUGCCAGAGACUCCACAGACAGAAGAGAGGAUCAUCAUUGGGGGUGAAAAUGAAGGGUCACCUACACAGUCACCACCCAGCAGACUUCCACCUGAAGUACUUCAUAAAUUUAAAGAAAAGUCAAGAGAGGAUCUGAUAGAGAUGAUCUGCAGUCUCCAAGCAUCUGUAGAUCAUCAGUCCAAGAAACUGAAGGAUUUAGAGGACUACUUGGAUAACCUUUUGUUACGAGUUAUGGAGACAACGCCUCGGAUCCUGCAGAACCCAUAUGUCAGCUGUAAGACACAGGCUAAUUUCAGCCACUGAUUGGGUCCUUGCUGCACUCCGUCCAGUUGAGAGGAUGUGCCUUAUUAUGAAAAUACUGCAGGUUUGAUUUCUGUUGAAGCAUGAGGAACUGUGCUAGGCAUCGUACCUUAAGUGGAGCAAAGAUGGAAGUAAAUAUGAUGGUUUGGUGCAGAGUCUUGAAGAGAAGGAGAUGCUAGUCAGUGAUGAAGCUUCCACUUGUUCUCACUGUCUCUUCGCUUGCAGAUUUUCUUAUUUUUCCUUCUACCCUGAAGAUGGAGGCGAUAUGUUCCUCCGAAACGUCGGUUAACACCACAUCUACUCGGUGUCACAUCCCAGAAGACUGCUUUCUUCAGGACCAAUAUUAUUUACACUGUUCCCCCUACUCCCAUUGGCUUCCAGAGCCCCUGGUUCCAGUCCUCCUUUUUCCUCCAUCUCUAUCAGUUGUUCCAUGCUUGAUUUCCUUCUUCCAUGAAGAUUCAAAUAGCACAAUCUUCCAGAAUGUUGGUAUCUUUCUAGUGGAGUACAUGGUUUCAUCCCAGAGGACAGUAAUUUUCUUGUUCACUGCCAUGAGAAUCUUGAAUCUUACUGUAAUUGGAUUCAUUGCUCAUCAGUAGAAAUUAAAAUAAAAAAAAAAUGUUAAGUCAAAAGUUCCAACUAGUGUAGUGCCAAGGUCAAGAAAAUGUGGA